GGCCCUUUGUCCACUUUUUUCAAAUCUCUGCAUGUUUUUAUGAUCGACUAGACCAAGAGGUGAAAACUCUCCCUGUUUCGCGUUCUCUUUCUUGUGUCUGAAGCUCUCUGCACUCGUUCAGUUCACACGCUUUUCGGGCAACCAUGGAUCUCUCUUUCUGAUAAUCUAAUUUCUUCUAUUGCACUUCUUCACUUCAAUCGCUUCUCUCUUCAGUGGUGAGGUACAUGCAUUUACUGCAUUUAAUCGUCUCUCAAUUCACGCAAUAAUUGCUGUAAGAUUAUCAAGAACUGAUUUCUCUGUGGGUGAACUCAUGCCAACAACAAUGAUUCUCUUUUCCUAGUUUCAAAGUUUAAAUUUCAUUUUUGUUUUCAUGUUCCCUGUUUCGAUUCUAAUUAUUGAUUUUCUUCUCUUUUAUAUUUAUCUCUUCUGAUGUGACUGUGGUUUUGGAGCAGUUGGUUUAGUAGAUUGCUUCAAGGUAAUUUCUGCUUGAAUUGUUUAAAUUUGCGUAAAGAUACUGUCGUUCUGUUGCUGCGACUGUGGGUUUAAGGUGUGCAUGGGAGGAAUUUAGCGGGAUCAAUGUGUGUAGUUUAGUAGCUGGUAUGGAAGGGAGAAUUGAGUUGAACAGAGUUUGAAAAUUUUAGAGUUUACCUUAAACAACAACCAAAGAUGAUUGGAAGGAAGAAGAUAGGCUGGGCAUCACUUCUGUUUCUAGUGCUGGUGGCACUAGGGUUUCUCUUGGCAACUUAUAAUUUGUUAGCAAUGAUAAUUACCUACAGAGGGAAAGGGGUACCUGAUGGUUUGAAUGGUGGAUCAUUUUCUGAUCCUAUUGUGCAAAAGCCUGAGGUUGUGAAGACAACGACAGGGGGUACUAAGGUGCCGUUUCAUGUUGCCUUGACGACCACUGAUUCUGAAUACAGCAAGUGGCAGUGUCGCAUUAUGUAUUACUGGUAUAAGAAGGUUAAGGACUUGCCUGGGUCAGAUAUGGGAGGAUUCACUAGGAUUCUGCAUUCAGGAAGUUCUGAUAACUUGAUGGAUGAGAUCCCAACUGUCGUGGUUGAUCCUCUUCCAAUAGGUCUAGAUAGGGGGUACAUUGUCUUAAAUAGACCAUGGGCUAUUGUUCAGUGGCUGGAAAAAGCAACAAUUGAGGAGGAAUAUAUACUUAUGGCAGAGCCUGAUCACAUCUUUGCAAAUCCUUUGCCCAACUUGGGACAUGGAGGAUAUCCUGCUGGGUUCCCAUUUUUCUACAUUAAACCUGCUCAGCAUGAGAAAGUAAUAAGAAAAUUCUAUCCUGAGGAGAAGGGCCCUAUAACAGAUAUUAAUCCAAUUGGCAAUUCUCCUGUGAUUAUCAAAAAGUACUUGCUGGAGCAAAUUGCACCUACAUGGAUGAAUGUAUCUUUGAGGAUGAAAGAUGACCCAGAGACGGAUAAUGCUUUUGGAUGGGUGUUAGAAAUGUAUGCAUAUGCUGUUGCAUCUGCAUUGCAUGGUGUCCAACAUUUUCUUCGCAAAGAUUUUAUGCUACAGCCCCCAUGGGAUUUGGAAGUGGGAAAAAUUUUCAUAAUUCAUUUCACCUAUGGGUGCGACUAUAAUAUGAAGGGUGAGCUAACAUAUGGGAAAAUUGGGGAGUGGCGCUUUGACAAGAGAUCCUACCUUGGUGGUCCUCCACCAAGGAACCUCUCCUUGCCUCCUCCAGGAGUUCCUGAGAGUGUGGUCACACUCGUAAAAAUGGUGAAUGAGGCUACCGCAAAUAUUCCUGAUUGGGAACAGACUAGUACUGGCUGAGCUGGAAGAUGAACAUGAUUACCCUAAUUUUUGGAACUUUCUUCUUACAAUGUAUCACCAUAGGGAGAACUUUGUAUACAAAGGACAAGGUAAAUAUUUGAAAAUGAGAAAAGAAAUUAAGGUAUGGAAAGAAAACAAUCCAUAUCAACACUCGAUAAGCCCAUACAACAUUUAUUGAUUACUACAUUCUUGUCAAUGCAUUGUUACUUACCUUUUGUUCAGUUUUGUAAGAUAAUUAAUGAGUCUUGGAAAGCUUGAAUCAUUGGUUGCUCCAGUGGUUGCGAUAGUA